AGCUCCUUCAUUCCACACUACUACAAAUUACAAGCCUUUCAAACUUAUCGAUGGCCUUCCGGCCCUUCCCAUGUCGUCCUUUUAAUCCAUCUUGUGCUCUACCUCCAACUGUAACCCCACCACCUCGGCCAAGUCGGAGUCCCCCGCCUCCCCCUCCGAUUGUGACCCCACCACCUCCGCCACCACUUCGGAGUCCCCCGCCUCCCUCGCCAAUUGUGACCCCACCACCUCCGCCACCACGUCGGAGUCCCCCGCCACCCUCGCCAAUUGUGACCCCACCACCUCCUCCACCUCGCCGAAGCCCCCCUCCGCCGUCACCUGCAGCUGUACCCCCACCAACCCCACCGUCGAGGCAGCCACCACCGCCACCUCCUAAACUGCCACCGACGCCUAUCCGCCCGCCACCCACCCCAGUUGCACCACUUGCUCCGCCUCCGCCGAGCCCAAGCAACAGCGUCGUCAUCGUGGUGGUCGUCUCCCUCGGCGGCCUCUUCUUUCUCGCGUUCCUUGCGGCCGCCAUACUCUGUUUCCUGAAGAAGAAGAGGAAGCAGAAGAUGACGGCGAGAGAAGCGUUGGUGGAGUUGGAGGAUCAUGUGCACGUGCAUGAGACGGUGGUUCCGGGGCCACAUGGGCAGCAUCUGGCGGCUGUCAUCGUCGACGAGGACGUCGUAGUCCGCGAGAGGUUGAAGAAGGGGGAGGCGACCGCGGUUGCUAAAGCUUCGCUCGGUGGCUCCGUGGACCCGACUGCGGGCUCCACUGCCGGAACUAGUCGCCCCGGCCCGGUCGGUUAACAGAAAAGGUCGAUGGUGGGCCUACCUGAAAACGGCGUGGGAUUGGUUGAUUCUUUAAUAACUUAUAUAAUUGCGUGAUUGGAAUAUCAUAUGAAUAAUUGUGUUUAUAUUGUUCGAGAACUUAUUGUAUUCACUUGGGA